AUUAUAUGAGGCCGAGCCAAGUGAUAACACAAUAAAAUAAAAUAAAAAUGGCAUUUCUCAGGUCAGUGGCAUCCACAGUCACAACAGCCGUUGCGCUCACCGCUCUCCCAGCUGCCUUCUUGGCUCAAGCAGCUUCUUCUUCUUCUUCCUCUUCUUCUUCUUCUUCUUUGUCAUCUCGCAUCUCCAAAACCCUAGCUUUUCCCUCUCGGUCCUGCAAUUCAAUCAUCGGACACAAUCGAUUGGUCCUUGUCAGUACCUUCACUGUCCCGCCCUCAGCCAUCCAUAUGGACGCCCCCACGUCUCAGCAAAACUAUUCGGCGUUGCCGGAGUUACUGACGGAGUAUAUGGUGGAUAUGAAGUGUGAUGGUUGUGUUAACGCGGUGAGGAAUAAGUUGGAGACCAUUGAUGGAGUUAAGAAUGUGGAAGUGGAUUUGAGCAAUCAAGUGGUUAGGAUACUCGGGUCCUCACCUGUGAAGACCAUGACUGAAGCUUUGGAGCAGACAGGUAGAAAGGCUCGAUUGAUUGGGCAAGGGGUUCCAGAAGGUGAAAAGAAGGCUGCAUGCGCGAUCACGCAUCGUCAGGGGGACAGACGCGACUAUUUCUUAGUUUCGGCUGCUGUUGCGGAGUUCAAAGGUCCAGAUAUUUUUGGUUUGGUUCGCUUGGCUCAAGUAAAUAUGGAGUUGGCAAGGAUUGAAGCCAACUUCAGUGGGUUGUCACCUGGAAAACACGGAUGGUCAAUAAAUGAAUUUGGUGACCUGACGAAGGGCCCAGCAAGCACAGGAAAAGUGUUCAAUCCAAGUGACCAAGGAACUGAUAAAGAGAUGCAGAAGGCAGUUGGUGACCUGGGAACAUUAGAUGCUGAUGAGAAAGGGGAAGCCCUGUUCUCUGGCGCGAAAGAAAAGCUCAGAGUUGGGGAUGUGAUUGGGAGAUCCAUAGUGGUGUAUGAAAGGGAAGACAGUAAUAGUGGCCUCACAGCCGCAGUAAUAGCGAGAAGCGCUGGAGUUGGAGAGAACUACAAGAAGAUCUGCACCUGCGAUGGCACCACCAUUUGGGAAGCUACCAACCAGGAUUUUGUCACCUCCAAGGUUUAAUAAUAACCGUUAUAUAUGUAACACAUUGUAUACCCAUUCAAAUAAUAAAAGUUUGUAGCUUAUUCUGUAAUCCAUACGGUCUUGUCUUUGUACAUCGUUCUACUUUGUUGGAGAAUCCUGAGAUGCAAUCUCCAUUUUAUUUUUGCCCCACACACAAUUUCACUCGUCUUUUAUUUAUUUAAAUAAAGACGACUUGCCUUUGCAUUUUUGGUGCGA